CUCGGUGAACGUUCUGCCAGCUGUCUUUAUAUAUAUAUAUAUACUAUACUUCUCUCUCUCUCGCCGAGUACUCUCCCCAUUGUUCGCCAGAUUCUAUAUUAUGUCUGACGGUGAACUAUGGUCAUCACUUGUCACUGCCAUUCAUCCCAGGGAUAUCAAACUGAGCAUGCCUAUCGUCCUCCAAUCGACCAUCCAUCUCUUGGAGUCGGAGCUGGCCAAAGCGAGGGCCGCCCUCCAGGAGAUUCAACCCAAUAUUGUCCCCGUAUGUAUGAGCGGCGAUGAGCUCGCCGUUGGCGCCGUGGCCGCGUAUCGCCAGAACCUCAUCGGCCGUGCCCCGGAUUUCUUCUACGGUUCGCGCAGGCUGUCUCCGAAAGAAGUCGGCCUAGUCCCGGUGGUUCGGGAGGUGUCUGCGGAUGAGAGUGAGUCCGAGGGAGUCCAGACUCCACCCCAAUGCAGCGUAAUCACGAGCCCGCCCAAGCCGACUUCCCUUCUCGAUGUCCUGGGGAACAGUCUGGUUUUGGAUCAUAUGGCUCCGUACCUCUCGACCCCGGCCCUGUUUGCGCUGGCAUCGACCUGCCGCUUUCUUCACACUGCCGUCACCGAAACCCCCUACGUGUUUCGACAUCUCGACCUGACUCGUUGUCGAGGUACGGUGCUGUCAGAAGCGGAGGAGCCAAUGGACGAGGACAUAUCGGAGGAUGAUUUCUACUCCGCGCCGCUGCGGAGUAUCUUUUCCAAGCUGGAGCGUAGGUCGAUUUUGCAAGACGUACGCACAUUGGUGCUGGAUGGCCUUUCGGUUCCGGCGGAUUUGGUCCUCGACAUUCUACUGAAGGAUCAAUUCAAUGUCAACAUUCUCUCAAUCAGGGACUGCCAGCAUCUCAACGAGCGCAAACUCAUGCAGAGCCUCCAGUACGCGGUCCGUCCCUCACGUCCCCAAGGCACCCCGCGGGUGAAAGGGAUCUAUCUGUUCACCCCGGCCCAGAACGCGCAGACCGUGGCGCGGGCCAAGUACCGUGAUUGGUGGGGCUCGAGGUGCUCUGUCCAACCCACCGGCAACAUUUCAACGACUGCGAGAGGUCCGCAUGAGGGGGAUACGCCGUCUAUGGACUGCUCCAUGGACGGAGCCCCCAGUCAGCACGCGUGGUAUAGUCCAUCUGGGAAACUUCUCCAACAAACCAUUGACGAAGGUUGGGCGGAGACUCUGCAGAAGUGCCAAGGGAUCAUUGCGUUCGACGCUGUGCUCUGCCGCGGGCCACGGCACAAUGUCGAUCUCUAUUCAUCGGCGGAUUCGAGCGAUGCCCAGCCGGAAGGUCGAAUGUUCGGACCAGCCAUCGCCACUGUUGCCUUGGGUCCUAUUGGAUGUGAGAACUGCCACGCAUCUCCGGAAGGCCCAGCGGUCUGGGGAGAGUCGCCGCAAGAACACUUCCCUAUGCUUACUCCCCUGUCAUUCCACUCAUCCUCCGUGGAGGUGGCCAAACGUCCGGGCCUCUUUCCGGAUGCAAACCCGGGUCUGAUUGCCCGAUGUGGAGAGUGCUUGACAGAUCGUCGGUGUAAUCGCUGCAACGCGUGGUUCUGCGAUAGCUGUCUUCCCCACCCCGAGCGAGUGAGGACACCCUUGACGCCACAUCAGACAGCCGUCCGAGGCCCGCGAGAUACGGAUAUCGCAAUGGCCCAAGAGCAGAGAGGAUUGGAGCUGGGCGUAAGUAAGGAUUGCUGGGAGUGUGGGCCAACCUGUUCAAACUGCAAACCGAAGUAUGAACGAACCUGCCAAAACUGCCAAGGCGAUUAUUGUAUCGAACAUAAUGACGGUUGUUCAUCGACCAUGUGUGACUGGUGCAACACUAGUACGCGCCAUAGGAUGAGAGAGAUCUAUUGAUUUGGGAACAGAAUCUGUUUAGACACUAACAACGGAGUAGUAUAGACGGGUGGCUGUGUAGGGUCAUUUCAGCACAUAGUUGGAUCAGCCGGGUCUCCGUCAAUCUUCCUCUCUCCCCUCUUUAGCCGAUGGAGUAUGCUAUGGUCUCAUAUUGCGUCAUUUCGUUCAACGAG